AUGUGCACAUUUUCGAUUAGAAAGUCACCAACUUCGUCCUUCAUCUUCCCGAAAUCUGCUCCUUUACUUGUACGGCAUCGUCUCACUCUCCCAUUACUCGCUCCCUCUCUCAAACCGCCGAGAUUCCGAGUCGUCGCGUCUCUCUCCGGGACUUCAUGGGUCUCUCAAGCUUCCAAAGACAAAUACGGUGGCUGGGCUCUUAAUGAAGACGACCCUCCUCUUCCUCACUGGAAAAGUAAAAAAAAGUGGCGGAAUGUUGUGAUCACUGGUGUUGGAUCGUCACUUGCUGUUCUAUUCGCUACUGUUGCUUACUUCUCAAUCUCGAAAAAAGGGUUUAGGUUUAGUAAUCCAUUGCAUUACAUAAGUGUGGAUUCGGAUCAGAAUGAGAAUGAAGAGAGUGAAACAACGACUUCUCUUUUCACUGAUGAGAAGAUUUCUGCUUCGGAGGCAGAUUCUGAAAGCGUUGACUACGUUUCAGAUACUGUUGACACAACAACGUCAACCGUAAAAGCUCACCGUGUCACCACUCCCGUUUCAUUGGAUGCUGCUCAACUAGAAGCAGUAGCAGUUUUAAAGAAACUAAAGAUAAUUGAAGACGAUGUAGUGGCAGACGAGCUGUGUACUAGACGAGAGUAUGCUAGAUGGCUAGUUCGUUCAAAUUUGUUACUAGAAAGAAACCCAAAACACAAGAUUGUGCCUGCAGUAGCUUUAGCUGGCUCUUCCAUUCCUGCAUUUGACGAUGUGAAUACUAAAGACCCUGACUUCGAGUACAUACAAGCCUUGGCUGAGGCAGGCAUUACUUCCAGCAAGCUCUCCGGGGAAGAUUCUCGAAACUCGGAAAACGCUAAUUUUUAUCCUGAAAGUUUUGUUUCCAGACUCGAUUUGGUAAACUGGAAAGCUCAACUGGAGUGUGAUUUCCAUCCAGAAACCAUGGAAGAGGUAUCUAGGACAAAGGUAGACUAUAUAGACACGAAGAACAUCAAUCCAGAUAUGGCCCUCGGAUUCUUCUUGGACUUCUUGACUGGUGACAAGAGUACAAUCAGAAACGUUUUUGGUAGGAUCAAGCGGUUUCAGCCGAAUAGGCCUGUUACAAAAGCACAAGCGGCUGUAGCAUUAACAAGCGGUAAAAUGGCGAAAGCGAUAUCAGCCGAGCUAUCGAGGUUAGAGGCAGAGUCUUUCUUGCAGAAGGCUGAGAUGGAAGAAAUCAGAUCCGAGUUGCUAGAGAAAGGCGAAAUAAGGCAGUUUUGGGAUGAGUUGCUUCAGGUAGAGAGAUCUCGAGGAGUUGAGAUGGAAGAGCUGAGACUCUCCAGUGUUAGUGAACUAGAGGAAGAGAAAACCGCUCAGGAGAAGUGGUUUGCGGAGCGUUUGAAAGAAAAGGCUGCCAUAGAUUGUCAGAAGCAGUUGGUUAAUAGGUUGAGAGAAGAGAUUGAGGAGAUGUCUGAGAAGCUAACGACUGAUAAAUCUGUUUAUCUGGUUGAGCAGAGUGAGUUGCAAGAAAUGCUGAGUGAGGUACAAGCUAAACUUGAAUCUCUGCUUGAUAAAAGAACUGUCCUGGAAGCUGAAGUCGAAGCUCUUCGAAUUCUCAGAUCUUGGGUUGAGGAUGAAGCUAAGGCAAGCCAAGCGAGAGCUAAGGUUCUUCAGGAGGCGGGACGAAGAUGGAAAUGGAACGAGCAUGCUUAG